CCGGCCCCGCGCUGCGCUGUCCCGCGCCGCGCUCGCUCCUCCUGCCCAGCCCGGCUCAUCCCAGCCCGGCUCAUCCCAGCCCGGGCCGCCGCCCGGACCACCAUGGCAGAUCAGGCCUUUGUGACACUGACCACAAACGAUGCCUACGCCAAAGGUGCCCUGGUCCUGGGCUCCUCUCUGAAACAGCACAGGACCACCAGGAGGCUGGUGGUACUCGCCACCCCACAGGUCUCAGAUGCCAUGAGAAAAGUUUUAGAGACAGUCUUUGAUGAGGUCAUCAUGGUAGACGUCUUAGACAGUGGUGACUCUGCUCAUCUGACCUUAAUGAAGAGACCCGAGUUGGGUGUCACACUGACGAAACUCCACUGCUGGUCACUUACACACUAUUCGAAAUGCGUGUUCAUGGAUGCAGAUACUCUGGUCCUAGCAAACAUCGAUGAUCUGUUUGAGAGAGAAGAAUUGUCAGCAGCUCCGGACCCAGGGUGGCCUGACUGCUUCAACUCCGGAGUCUUUGUCUAUCAGCCCUCAGUGGAAACAUAUAACCAGCUGCUGCACCUCGCCUCAGAGCAAGGCAGUUUCGAUGGUGGGGACCAGGGCUUACUGAACACAUUUUUUAGCAGCUGGGCAACCACAGACAUCAGGAAACACCUUCCCUUUAUUUAUAACCUGAGCAGCGUUUCUGUAUAUUCCUACCUCCCGGCGUUCAAAGCGUUUGGCGCAGGUGCCAAAGUUGUGCAUUUCCUGGGACAGGUCAAACCCUGGAAUUACACUUACGACCCCGAAACAAAAAGUGUCAAAAGCGAGUCCCACGAUCCCACUGCCAUGCACCCAGAGUUCCUCAGCCUGUGGUGGGACAUCUUCACCACCACCGUCCUACCUCUGCUGCAACACUUCGGCCUUGUCAAAGAUUCCUGCUCACAGCCGAACAUGGAGCACGUGUCAGGAGCUGUGUCCCAGCUGUCCCUCGCAGAGGUCCCAGCUCCACCCCAGCCUUUUGUAUCCUCAGAAGAGCGAAAGGAGCGGUGGGAGCAGGGCCAAGCCGAUUACCUGGGCGCAGACUCCUUUGAUAACAUCAAGAGGAAGCUUGACACAUACCUGCAGUAGAAGCGCUGCCGUGGUCCCGUGCACUUCACUUUGCAGGCACUGUCUCUGAUGUGUAGUGUCCAGAGCUGGGUGGAGAGAGGUCUGUUUCCAUGGCCAGAGGCGUCCACUAACUCAUCAGCUGAGGGUUUGUGGAUAGCGGGCGAGAACUGGGAAAGGUAUGAAGUGCUAAUUCUGUUAUGUGGACGGUGUUCUGCUUUGUCCAUCCAUCUUACACAUCCUGAUGAAUGUCUGCAGCUUUCAGACUUGGUCUGUACACUGGCUUUCUGAUUUGUGCAGCUGAUCGUUCAGAAAGUCAGGUAUGCAGAUUGACACCAUGUGUGAUAAAGGAACCUGAUAUAAAGAUACUAAGAUGGCUCUAGAAACUCUUAAAAUGUUACAGAACCAGGCUCCAAUCCGUCUCCUUUAGAACGGGACGUGGUACCUAUCCCCUUGCUUGCUUGCUUGUACCCUUCACUUGACCUGUAUUUUAGUAUUUGCCCAAAGGCUGCCAGAGUGGUAAUUAAUUCUACUUUCAGGUAACAGCAGCCUUUCCUAACACUGCCGAGGGAUUCAUACACAAACACACACCCCACAGAUGGCGUUAACCCAUUCUGUUUCCUCAUUGCAGCUCACCAGUUUUCUAUGCACCGUAAGACAGCAUGCAGAAAUGCUUUUGUUCAGUUCUGUAUAUCUGAAAAAUAGCAGUGUGUUCUCUGAUGGUAGCACUCUGUAUGAAAAAUAAAGACUUAAUGUCAUAUCUUGGUUGUUUAAUUAAGUAUUCCCUACCUCAUCCUUGAAAAAAUGAGGUAACUUUUCAUAGUAUGUAGAGUUUGCCAUAGUUUCAAACUAGUGUAAAGCCUGACACAGGUGUGUGCUUUGAAGUUUGUUAUCUAAGAGACUUAACACUCAUGUUCUGCAGAGAUGGUGACAGAUCUGACAGGUGAGGCAAAGUGACAGACAUCAGUUUAUCUGUCAACCUACGUUAUGUCCCCACUAGCUAUCUAGAUAGAAUACUGGAGCCUUGAAAAGAUCAUGCUGUCAGUCUCUGACCAUACGUGGUAAUUUUUCAGGACAGCUGGACCAGUACUGGACCCAGUACCGGACCCAGUACCUUCUCCUGAUUUUUGUCCUAAAUAACAUUAAGUGUAGUUUAUUAAAGUUACAGAUGAUUCUGGGCCACAAGGGGUGGCAAGCUAGGGAAGGGUGGCAUCCAACAGAACCCUUUAAAACUAAGAUGAAUAACCCGAAGGAAUUUGAAGGAAGCAGAGUAGAGCACGACUGUUCGAGCACCCAAGGCUUAACUGAGCAGAUGCUGCGGUGGCUUUGUCACCUAGUCUCUGUAAUCACCUCCUUCACCUCAUCAAUACCCAAUGUGAGUACACAUUUCCUAUGGCCAAAUGAAUACACGUGGGCUCGGACACCUACAGGCAACAAUGGCUGGGGCCACCAUGGAAGCCAGUUUCCAUGAGCUCAGAGGAUCCCGAGGAUCUGCAGAAAAUGGGAAAUGACCCUUGGAGACGAAGUAGCUACUGGAGCUGCGGAGAAUGAGUUGCUGUGACCUCGGAGUACAUGGUUUACCAAGCGUGCAUCGCGUGCUAUGGUACAAAGACCUCUAGAUCACUUUAGCUAGUCAGAACUUUGCCUGUUGCCUUCUGGGCCCCUCAUUGAGACAGAUUUAAAAUAGAGACUCACCUUCAAAUACCUGAUACCACCUUAAUUUGUAUGGCCACGCAAUAUGCAUUCCAAUAGGGUAUUACAAGAGGUAGGAAACAUAACAUUAAAUUUGGGAGCCAAACAUUGUAUUGUUUUGUGUUGUAUUUACUACCUCCUCUUGCCUGUUUUUAACAGAGCAUGAGAAAUAAAGCCUGAAGGUGGAAAAGUUUACAUCAUUGACUUUUAAGAUUUUUCUAAAAUAUUUAGGAAAGGCUAUUAACUUUUAGAAUCAGAACUAGUGCUAUUUAUCACAGAAAAUAGCAUACGACAGAAGUGAAGGUGUGUUAGGCUGUCUGGCUGGAAGUCACCAAGCCAGGCCGACAGCUUUCCUUCCCUCAGGGAUGGUCUAAUUAGGUGGGUUACUAACUCUGUUCAUGCAAAGCUGCAUAAUUAAACUACAAAAUCUUUUUCAUGUAGCCAAAAAUGCCAAGGAUUACUUAGUAAGACCUAUACGAAGGCAGAGCUCAAAUCCUAAGACACACACCUGUACCAUCA